UUUUUGUCCUGUAACGAUUUUCUGUUAAGAGAGAAUGGAAGUGUUGCGUCUUCGGGCGUUCAUCAGUACAAUAUUAUCCAUUUGACUCCCAUGGAACAGUACUAGGUCCUAGUAAAUGAGUUAGUCUAAAAGUGGUAGUGAUAGAAUACAUUUAUCUAAAUCGAUAGGCCACACUUAGAGUCUCUAGUGCUGGAUGUUGCUGGGAUGGUGGGUGCCGAGUACAGUUCACUAAUAUCGUUAUCCGACGGAGUUCUUGUGACUGUGUGUAAGCCUCUAUGCUUUUGAUAAAUUGGUAGAUUUUGUCAAAAUUUCCAUAUUUAUUGGUAUCUAUGAAGUUUGUUUCACACAAACAAUAAAAUAUAAAUGAUGUAGCAAACAUGGGAGUGUUAAAAAUUAUGAGGGAUGCAGGCUGCCUAAAAUAAUGGCUAUUCUUGUCAUCAAGUAUGACAAUUUGGAAUAUUUCAUUAAUAAGUUUGGGUGUGCCAUUGAUGAAGCCGGUAAAUGUGAUGGUAAUAUACUGAAAAUAGCAUACGCCCAGUUUUCUAAUCGUAUAAGGGACAGAUCUUAAAGCUGAAGCGGUAUAGCCGAUGAGUUACAAAUGGUUGCGAAUGACCGUUUGUGCGUUUCAAACGCCGCGACGAAUUCUUUUCGUUAUUCAGUUUUGGUCGUGAAACAGUACGUAACAGAUGUGUGUGUAUUGUCAAAAGUACUCUUCUGCUUUCUAAACCAUCUGGACCCUAUUUUAUGGCUAUCGUAAUGAGCUAAUAGUGAAAACGGAGGAUUUGGUGGUGGCAAUGGCAGCCGCGAUGUUUCCCCACUCACCUGUUACUUCUGAGAGUGGUGAAGAUGCUUCUAAUGGCCAUGCAGAACGUCCAAUACGGAAAAUUUUUGUUGGCAACAUUAGUCCAGGUACGACUCGAGCUGAGUUAAAGGAAUGUUUUGACACAUAUGGUGUUGUCCUGGAUGCAGUUGUUAUAGUGGAUAAGAAUGCCUGCAAAAGAAAAUAUUACGGAUUUGUUACAUUUCUGGUCCCGGCACAGGCUUGUUCAGCCAUGAUGAAGAGCAAAACCUUGCAUGGUAUCACACUGAAUGGCAAGAGACUAUAUGUGGCACCUGCCGACAGCUGGCACCAACCAUAUCAAGCAGCGGAUGGUACAUUAGUCCUUGAUCCUUGGCGGGGAUCACAAAGUGCUAGUGCUGGUGGUGCCAAGAAAGUAGCUCCCAUACUGCAGCAAGAUACAGAUGUAGAAGAGUCUCUGUGUAUGGUCAAUAUCCUCAAUGAUGACUGUCUUAUGCAUGUUUUUUCCUAUCUGUCAUGCUAUGAAAGGAUUGCAAUUGAACGAGUGUGCAAAAGGUGGCAGUCCAUCAGCCAAAUGAUGUGGAAAUCAACUCGUGAACUCUGUGCAAAGAAAUUGCGGAAUAUACAUAAGAGUUUGCCAGCCAUUAUACAGCGCUGUGGUAGCAGUCUAAAGAAACUAGACCUGUCACAUGAUACACAGACAAUAAGCAGAGAGACAGUUGUUUGUGUUGGGCGUUAUUGUAGGGAGCUGGAAGAACUGCGCAUAACACAUUCUCGGCUUAAUGGCUCUACAUUGCGGCCUCUCAAUGGACCACAACUACGUGUCCUGGAUUUAACAGGCUGCUGUGGAAUAUCAGAUCGGGAUUUAUCUCACUUAUUAGUGAAGUGCCCUGUGUUGGAGAGACUGUCAGUUGCAGGAUGGUUCCGUCUCAGUGGCUGGGGUCUGGGACGUGUCAGCAACUCACUCCGCCACCUCACAUUAGAUGGGUGCACAGGGCUUGAUGGCAAACAGGUUGCACGUGCGGUUAAAACUAUAACAAAGCUGGAUUUGAGUGCAAAUUGCAGCUUGGGUGAUAUAGAUGUUAAGCACAUACUGGAUAGUGCCAAAAAUUUGGAAGAGCUUACAAUGGCACAAUUAUUUCCUCUCCUUAAUGGGAGGGCAUUCUCUGCCAUUGCUGCCAAGGGCGAGCAGCUUACACUUUUAGAUCUAAAAUUUAAUGCAUCUUUAACUGAUGAGCUGUUAAUUUCUAUUGUAAAUAGUUGUAUCAAUAUGAAAGAAUUGAAUGUAGAAGGUUGCUGUGCAUUGAACAACAUUGCUUUGAUUAUGGAAUUCCUUUCGGCGCUGAAGAAUCUGGAGAUCUUGAUCAUGAGCUAUCUGCCAGGGAAAUCAGAUUCAUGUAUGCUGCAGUUUAGAGAGGAAGGUUUCCCAGCACUCAAGAAGUUGGAGAUGCGUGGCAGCCCUUACCUUGGAGACAUUGGCACUGCUUGUAUACUGUCUCUUUGUUGCAAACUUGAGUGUCUUGAUAUAAGUGGCUGUCAGUGUGUCACCACUAAAGGCCUUAGUUGUGCACUGGCACAACGUAAAAGUUCAGUUCCGCUUCAGAUUAUUUUGGGAGGAACUUCUGUAUCAGAAGGCUCACUCCAGCCUCCAAGCUCCGUGGCCUUGAGUUUCCACAACUACUGCACAGACCACCUUAGGCCUGAUUUUGUAGACGAUUAUCUUCUCCCUAUGUUUGAAGACUACAGUGAUGAUGAUUUCAUCGACUCUGACAAUGAGUAUGACUUCGGUAGUGGUAUUGAUGAAUAUGAUAGUGACAUGUCUGAUUCAUAUGAUGCAUUUGAAGAUAAUAAUUUAUAUCCAGAACUGUUUGGUGAUACAUUUCUUCUCUAUCAUUAUUUAUACUGAAACACUGAGGGUAAAGUGUUUAGAAAGGUGUUUCUUGCCAUCCAGAUAAGAAAAGUUUUCUGUUGUAUAAUGUAAAUUAAAAAAAAAAUUGAGGUUGUCAGCAGUUGGCCAUUGCUUAGUAUUUCAUAUGGUCACAUUUUAUAUUUGAAAAUUGACAUGGCAGUUAUAAAACAAUCUUCCAUUCUGAUAAGUGUUUUGUUGUGGUCUGUUUUGUUUUUGGUAGCUUUCUUUUAAAACUAAAUAAAUUUUGUGCAGCUAUUUAGAUCAAAGUUUCCAGUGAUACUUUGUAACCACUGACAUUUUUAAAGUUCAAAAUUGGGUCCCAUUCAAAAAUACUUCCUGUUCAAAUAUUUAAAUGUAUGAUUCAUGUGCUGGUCAUAAGCAAGUAUUGGUUUUAUGUACUUCCUGUAAUCUCCAUUGGAGUCAAAUCAGCAAAUUUAAUAUUGUAUGCAGUGAAAGGAAAAUUUUGUUCUGAGUGUAGCAGAAAGUAUACUGAAAAAUAAAUUUUCACUUCGUGGCAACAAAGUAAUAAAGGAUGAAACUUUCCUAAUGAUCAGAAGAACGUUGUAUUAUGUGCACUCAUCAUGGUACACAACUUCUUGAGUUUUCCCAUGUAGGGAAGGGUGUGCAACAGUUUCCUCAUUUGCAUUGUAUAUAUGGUUGAUGAUAUCAAUGAUUAUAAACUCAAGAUACUCCAGUCCAGAAACUGAUAGUUUGUUCAGUAUGAAAUUGGUGAAUUGUCCAUUUCUGGAUGAUAGGUCUCUUCAUUUGGAGGGAGUGAAAGCUUUCUCACAAUUCUAAUGUAGGGGAUGUUAUCAUUUAACAUACAAUUUUGGUAAAUAAGAAUUUAAAUGAAAUGAAAUGUCGUGUGGCUAUGGCCUCCCAUUGGGUAGACCGUUCGCCUGGUGCAGAUCUUUAGAGUUGACGCCACUUCGGCGAUCUGCAUGUCGAUGGGGAUGAAAUGAUGAUGAUUAGGACAACACAACACAACACCCAGUCCCUGAGCAGAGAAAAUCCCUGACCCAGCCAGGAAUUGAAUCCGGGACCUUAGGAUUGACAGUCUGUCAUACUGACCACUGACUAUUACAAUAAUGGAACUAAUGCAGCUACAGAUAGAAAAAAAACUGGCACCCACAGGACGGCACACAACAUACAGACAGUGACUGGCAACGGGGGGAAAAGGUAACAGGAAAGUGUCUCAUGGCCCCAGCUUGAGAGAUAAGUGUACAAUGAAAGAUGAAAAAAGAGAACUUCAACAGAAGACAUUUAAAAACAUAUGAAGUAGUCAAAGAUCCAAUGUGAAAAUGAAAUUCGUAAUAAACAUUGUGAUAGAAGCUUCAGUAGUCAGUCUAGUCAUUAUUCCUGGUUUAUCAGCUGCCUUCUCUAACAGAUAGAAUCCAGGUUUCCAAGUCUCAACUGUUAAGUGUUUUAUUAUUCUUUUUCCUUUUGUUUUGUUGGCACUCCUGUGGUUUUUAAGAGAACUACAUAAUGUAGUUUUUUCUUACUAUUGCCUUUUAUUUAGAAGAUAAAGAAACACACUGGUUCAGAGGACGCAUAAUUACUUUUUUAGUGAGUGUGUUUACCGUAUUGAGUGCACAAUUUUUUGUAAUGAAAUAACAUUUUGGAAAGUUUCAUGAAAUUAAUGUUCGCAGUUUUGUGAAACUGCAUCAUCUUUGGAAGACACUUGUGUAGUUAGUGAGAAGUUUUAUUACAUUCAUUAUAUAAAACUUGCUGUAAAAUACAGUCAGGCUGAAAUUUAUAGAAUUGAUAUUUUUGUCAGUAAGUUGAUGUAGGUUGAACCUCUAGUGACCACUCUAACAACAUUUUUAUUUUUAUGAGAAAUUUAAGACAGUUGUGUUUUUAAUGGUUAUCUUUUAACUGAUAGAGGUAGAUGAGUACAUGAGUAUUGGUUUAACUUUCCAACUUGGUUGAAUAUAUGCUGGAUGUAUAGUUAAAAUUUUGUUUGCUUGAUAAAUGUCUUGUGGUAUUAACUAAUUAAUAGCUUUCUAUACUGCAUGACUGUCACACAUUAACAAUUUCCUUGUGCAAACUGCGGUCUUUAGAUUAGGAAUUCAACUGGAAAAAAAGAGGAAGGCAGCAUUCUGUGAAAUGCCUGUUGGUGGUGUUGAUUUCACUGAAUGUUUUUAAGAAUAUCAUGUUUGAUGUGGUGUAGUAAACUGCAAAGUAGCUAUUAAAAUUUUGUGGCAUGAAGCAAGAUAUGUUGCAUGUUGUCAUAGUGGCUGUUACACCUAACAGUAAGCGGUCGCUUCAUAAAGUUUGGCUUCUUUAGAUAAGUAAAUGUGACCCAUUGUGGCCUGCAGUGUCUGCUCAUAUUUCCCAGUAAUCAAGUUUCCUGAAACCUGUAAGAAAUUAUUUACCUUUUCAUUAAAAAGUAAUU